AUGAAUGAGGGAUCUCAAGCCCGCUUCACUGGCGACUCUCGGGAGAUGGAAGACGAAGAUGUUCCCAUGGGCGAGGACAUCAUCAUGGACUCAACCGAGCCUAAUGGUGAUCUCAUCCCAGAGACUGUCGCCCCUUCCGAGAUAUUUGGAGCUCCAAAAGGUUCUCAUUUACCAAAGAAGGACCAGUUACCAUUCCACAACCAGUCAAAAGUCUCGUCAUUACUGCAAUCAGAGUCCCGUCAUUCAAGCUCACGUAGAACUACCGCGUCUCCUAGUGGCAGAUCUGAUCGAAUGAGCAUUUCACGGCCAGGGCUUGCGCGUCGCUCCAGCCCUCAAGUUCGCAUCCCACCAAAGCCAAGGUCUUUGACUCUGCAAUAUCCGACAUUAAGAACUGGACUAGUCUACGAUCCUCGCAUGCGAUUCCAUGCCGAGCUACCGGAUUCUAGUCACGGCGCAGACGACAUUCACCCUGAGGAUCCACGGCGGAUUCAUUCAAUCUUCGAGGAAAUCAAACAGGCUGGACUUGUAGAUGCCGUGAAUGAGGAAGGAGACGCACGAGAAGACCAGUGUUGGCGAAUCGGCAUACGGCCUGCAACAAAACCCGAAAUUCUCCUGAUACACACGGAAGAGCAUUACGCUUUCGUAGAAUCCUUGCAAUACAUGGACGCCAGCCAGUUGAAACUGGAAGCGGAGCGAUUAGAUUCGAUCUACUUCAACCGCUCGACCUAUGAUUGCGCACGGCUCGCAGCUGGUGGUGCAAUUGAAGCAUGCAAGGCGGUAGUCGAAGGCUCCGUACGCAAUGCGAUAGCUAUCAUCCGCCCGCCAGGACACCAUGCUGAGAGCGACCAACCUUCUGGCUUUUGCAUCUUCAACAAUGUCCCAAUUGCAAUACGGGUGUGCCAAGACGCGUAUCCUCAAACUUGUCGCAAAGUCUUGAUACUGGACUGGGAUGUUCAUCACGGUAACGGCGUCCAGCACGCAUUUUACAACGACCCCAACGUACUAUACAUCUCUUUGCACGUAUAUCGAAAUGGCCACUUUUAUCCUAAUCUUCCUGAUGGGAACCUCGACUAUUGCGGAGACGGCCCUGGGGAGGGGAAGAAUGUGAACAUACCAUGGGCGGAGCAUGGCAUGGGCGAUGCUGAAUACCUAUACGCGUUCCAGGAAAUCGUCAUGCCUAUUGCCACAGAAUUCGAUCCAGAUCUUGUGAUAAUAUCCGCCGGCUUCGAUGCUGCAGAAGGCGAUUUACUUGGCGGCUGCUUCGUUACCCCAGCGUGCUAUGGUCAUAUGACGCAUAUGCUUAUGAGGUUAGCCAAGGGCAAACUAGUCGUUUGUCUGGAGGGUGGCUACAACCUGCGGUCGAUUGCGCGUUCUGCUCUGGCGGUGACAAGGGUACUCAUGCUCGAGCCUCCGGAUCGCUUGCGCGAAGAUCUCGCAGCCCCAAAAGACAGUGCUGUCUAUACUAUUCAACAGGUAAAGCGACAACACUCGAGGUACUGGAAAUCCUUGUAUCCAAAGCAUCUUGACAAGGCAGAUCCUGGGUUCAAGGACACCGUUCGCCUACACGAGAUUAUUCGCGAAUGGCAAAGCCAGCGACUGUCGCAGGAACACUUGAUGGUCCCACUUGCUAUUCCUACGAGUAAAAAUGGGCUAGCACAAACUUUUGAGCACAAUGUCAUCGCAACUCCGGAAUUCAUGGAAAGCAAGCCGCUCCUUGUCAUUUUCCAUGACCCGCCAAGCUUUCAAGAUCAAUCGGAUCCCAUCAGCGGGAAAAAGGAGUUCCACAAUACUUGGCUAAGGUAUAUUGACUGGGCCAUUGAAAAUGACUUCCAAGUCAUUGAUGUCAAUAUACCAAGGAUCGUGGCAGUGGAAGAGGACGAGUUUGGCUUUGUGAAAUCCGACAACAGUACCGUUCGAGCGCAACGAGCACGCGAGCUGGCAUCUUAUCUUUGGGUAAACUACAUAGAGCCCAAUGAAGCUACUCAAGUGUUUCUCAUGGGCAUCGGCGAUGCGUAUCUAGGUCUUGUAGACCUCUUGAGCCAACAUGAAAACACAACAUAUGAUACAAGCCCAGUAGAGUUGCUGAUUGGCUUCGUGGCCGAAACGACGAUUCAAUCGAUCAAACGCGCCACGGACGACAACAUCCAGUUUUGGUAUCACGAUCACACCAGAAUCUUCGUCAAAAAUAGCCAUUAUGUGUGGGACCCGUCACGCCAACGCAAAGUCCGUAGAAAGCUGGGUAACCUCGUCCGAUCAUCAAAGGACACAUUAGAUGACAUGCUUGAGGAACACCUGGAGGAAAUCAAAACGCUACUACUAGAGAAGAGAAGCGAGUAUGACGAGAAUAACGAGUCUUCAAGUCGUACUGACGAGGCACCGCAGAGCCUUGUUGGCGGACUCCGCAGCCCAUCCCUACCAGGACCUUCAAGUACAACAAAACAUUUCGAAGCGGGCGGGCGGCAAGAAAGCGUGGGGAAAUUGCUUCGUAGCCCCAAGUUGCCACCGCUGGGCAUGUUUGGCGUGUCCCCAACUGGUCCCCGAAGUCCCCGAAGUCCGAUGAAGAGGACGUUCUAG